GCCACACGUUCAUCUCAUCUCCGAGGCCGAGGGUGUAACACUCUUAGCGAAAUAAUUACUCUAUCCAGCACAAUGGCCUUCCAAUUCGUGGAUAACGGAGGAUCAGACGGUGUUCGCACACUUGAGGAAAAAGAGCGAAGGCAGAUUAGAAGCCAUGUCAUGAAGGGCAGAAAUCUUCACAAGAGGAUUCGGAGAGGUAAAUGCCACCAACAGAAAUGUCCGUCUAGAGAUGUUGCUAUACAAUUUCCAUCUAUCUCCAAUGAGGAACAUUGUCUAUUGCUUAGUAGUCUCAUACCAGGAAGAGUUGGGGAUGAAUGGGCAUGCUUUCAAUUUGCGUUCGAGUUAAAGCCAUAUAUGAGACAUGCUGUUUUCAACUUCUUGAAUGGGCUAUCCGACAUAAUCUAUCCCAUGCAGGUUUGUUUGCAGCAUGACUCAACAGCGGACAUUUGGUUCAGGUAUUCCCUAGUGGAACCUGCUUAUUUACACUGCCUGCUUGCACUAUCAAUGAGCAUGAUGGGAACCCUUUCUGUGGGGGCAUGGCAUCGGCCAGAGGCGUUGUUCCAUUUGGGAGAAACACUACGGCUAGCCAACGAGAAACUUCAGCGAGAUUUACUCUCCGACCCUCUGUUUGCUGUUAUAGUCUCUCUCGCUAUAGCUGAUAGCUGUCGAGGUAAUUAUGAUCGGGCCCUAGUCCAUCUAAAUGGGCUCCAGGGCAUGCUAGACCAUGUGGGCGGAUUUUCAUAUUUGAACGAUAAACCGUCCCUGCAAUCAAAGAUACUGAGAUUUGACGUUGACUUCAGCGUUAGAACGGGAAGCCUGCCUCGGUUCUAUUACGAUGGCACUGAAUUCUCAACAGCAGGUGUCUCGUUCAACAGACAACCCUCCCCACGUCCAGACUUUCAAUCAACAUUUAACUAUCUUUACACAUUUACAGUGGAGCUUGAGAGAAAAUCGUCGGGCUCUGGGGAUUUGCAUCCCCUCUCUUUUCAUGCUACCGUAAUUUAUAUAUAUUACCGAUUAUUAAUCAUUCCACCCUCGCAUGGAUUACCAGAGGCUCUACGUCUAGCCUCGCUAGCAUUUAUGACAACUUGGUUUGGCUAUGGAUAUUGCGUAUCUUAUACUCUGCUGGGGGCCCAACUCAAAGAAGCACUCGUAGUUCUUGAUGAUAAAGAUUUUGAGAAUUGUCCAUCCUUGAUGUGGACUUUGUUCAUUGGCGCCAUUUCCGUGUUCAAGGAUGGCGAUAUUCAUCAGUUAUCACGAAAAUUUGUUUACGCGCUCAAGAGUUUGGGUCUUCAACGAUGGACAGAUACGCUGCAGUAUUUGAAACAAUUCCCAUGGGUUACCCGUUUACACGGGAAGGCUACCUUUGAAGUCUGGGGGGAAAUAAUGACAUCACACUGGAAUUAGAUGCGCUAAAUGAUAGCAUUCAUUGAUUUAUUCCUUA